AUGGUCAAAAUUUUUAAUAAAGUAAUUUACAAAAACUUGAUUUAUUUACAUCAACUCCUUUUUGUUAUUUUAAGUAUUAUUUAUAGUACCCUUAAUAGAAACAUAAGUACAGAUUCUAAAAUAAAUUCCAAAGAAUAUAAAGAAUAUAAUCCUAAAAAAUUUGAAAUAUUAGAUCCUUUUCAUAAUAGAUCUAAAAUAGCAGAUGUUGCAAAAGGGGCUAAAGGGGUUUAUAUUUUUACCGUUUGCGAAGAGUUAUCUAAUCAUAAUAUAAGUUAUGUUGGUAGUUCAAUAAAUCUAUAUAACAGGGUUUGUUCUUAUUUUAUGCCUUCUAUUUUAGCCAAAGCUGAUCGAAGGGUCCUUAGAUAUUUUAAUAAAUAUGGAUUUAAUAAUGUUAAACUUACUCUUUUUAUAUUAGAUUCUAAUUCAACAUGGGAGCAGGUCCUAGAAUUAGAACAAUAUUACAUUGAUUCUUUAUCACCUAAUCUUAACGUUGACUUAGUAGCAGGUGGUUAUAAUGGUUAUCAUUAUCCUAUGUCUCAAGCAGCAAGAGAUGCUCUUCGAAAAAUACGAGGUACACCUAUUUAUAUUUAUGAUAAUACAACAAAAUCACUUAUUUUUAUAUCUGAUUCUAAAGAAUGGUUAUAUAGCAAUAUUGGUAUUCAUCAUAUUUCCCUAAAUAAUUGUAUUAUAGAUGGAAAAUUAUAUCUUAAUAGAUUUUUGUUUUCUAUGGAUAUUAUAUCUGAAUUGCCUUAUGAAUCAAUAUUAACUUCCGAAGAUUUAGUUUUAUUAAUAAAUACUGUUAGAUCUAAAUAUAAACCAAAUCAACCUAAGAGUAAAAAAGUCUUGGCUGAAAAUAUACUGAAUCCUAACUUAAAUUGUACAUUUUCAAGUAUAGGAGAAUUAGCUAAACAUUUGAAAGGAGAUAAAUCUACAAUUAGAAAAUAUAUUUUAGGUAGAUCUGAAGGUUUAUAUCGAAAACAAUGGAAAUUUACGAUACUUAAUUUUAGUGGACCUUAA